CAACUCUUCACUCUACACUCCCGAGCACUAAAAACAAACGGACGCUAGGGGAUCUUCAUGACGGCACUUCGCUGAUCUCUUCCCUUUUGCGCAUUUAUUUAUUUUCUUUUAUUAGUUGAUCCCUCGACUCGAUUGUUCGAUGCGCUGAUUCUAUUGAGCAACUCGUUUUCCGCCCUCCUGCUUUCCUCUGCUGGAGAGAGAACAGUCGAGUCUUUAUAUAAUAAUGUCCUAUCCUCAGGGUUACCUCUACCAGCCCACGGGCUCUCUGGCGCUCUACUCGUGUCCGCUGGCCGCCCCGCGGAGUGAGGAGCUGGCCCGGUCCUCCUCCGGUUCAGCGUUCAGCCCGUACCCCGGAUCAGCUGCAUUCACAGCCUCCGCCAAUGGAUUCUCCAGCCCUCUGUCCUAUUCAACAGAUCCGGCCACGGGAUUCCCGUCCUACAUGGGAUCUCCGUAUGACGCGCACACUACGGGGAUGGCAGGAGCGAUAAGUUAUCACCCGUACGGGAGUCCCGGUUACCCGUACCAGCUCAAUGAUCCCGCUUACCGAAAAAACGCUACGCGUGAUGCGACAGCCACGUUAAAAGCGUGGCUGCAGGAGCACAGGAAAAACCCUUAUCCCACAAAAGGAGAAAAGAUCAUGCUGGCCAUUAUUACCAAAAUGACCCUCACACAAGUGUCAACCUGGUUCGCUAAUGCCAGACGGAGACUCAAGAAGGAGAACAAAAUGACAUGGGCACCUCGGAAUAAAAGUGAAGAUGAGGAUGAGGAUGACGGGGAGGGAGAGAGAAAAGAGGAACGCACGGAUAAAAACAUGGACAACGGCGAGGCGUCUGCUGACGACGAAGGAAUCAGUUUGCACGUCGAUGCCCUGACAGAUCACUCCUGCUCAGUGGAGUCGGACGGAGAGAAGGCCACGUGUAGGACCGUUUGUGAUUCUGGACCUGAUACCAAGGACAAAUGCGAAGGGAGUGAUAUUGACACGGGCCACGAGGAGCGGCCAAGGGGCCCGUCACCCAAGCCGCUGACGUCCUCUCCUCUGACUGGGGUGGAGGCCCCUCUCUUGACCUACCAUCACCGAGAGGACACCCGAAACAACGCCAACAAAACAUGCCUGGACAGUCAAAACCAUACCGUCAAACCUAAACUCUGGUCAUUAGCCGAAAUCGCCACUUCGGACCCAAAGCAACAGCAGCAGCACUUGGUGCAGAACUGUCCCCCGGGCGUUGGCCAUUUGACAUCCACGGCUCCCAGCGCGUCCCCGGCGGGCGCAGUGUACCCCGCCACCUCCAUAUUAGGAAGGCCUCUUUAUUACGCCUCUCCGUUUUAUAGUAAUUACACAAACUAUGGCAACUUUAGCCCACUGCAGGGCCAAGGGAUUCUGCGCUAUAAUCCAGCUGCUGAGGGACUUCUGCACAAACAGACUGGCGACCCCCUAAUAAAGACUAAUCCAAACCAGACUGAACAACAUUUCAUGGCCUCCAGUGCAGAAUCCAAAAAAGACCCCACCGAGGUGUUCACAGUAAGACCCCAGUCUUAUCUCUCGAGUUAAAGACAAGGAGGCAGAUCCUUCAAGUAGGUGUCACAGUUGCUUUGAACAAAGCGAACAAGCCAUCAUCUCUCUCUCUCUCUCUCCCCAAGCUGUUUUAAACUAACAUUUGCUCUUUACGCGGAACCUUUUGUGUGCCACUGUACACCCACGGACUACAGAGCACCUGCCUAUAGACAUUACAACCCUAAAAGUUAAGAUUAUUGAAAAGAAAAGAAAAGAAAAGAAAAGGACAAGGACAAGAAGGACCGAAAAUAUUAAGGCAAAAUAGCCAAUUUGGUCUGGAUGGACUGUUCAUUUAUUGAUGAAGUACUUUAUCCCAACAUAUGUGACUUUUCAAUGAGGAACAUUAUUUCUCAGGAUCCUUAUAGUAGCUUCAUUGACACCGGUUGUAUACAUGCGUGGGACAUUAUAUGCCUCCUAUAAGACUUUAUCUGCUAGAAGUGUGAAGUGUAAACGAGAACUCGGGACUGGUAUAAACUUGACUAAGAGUGGAAUACAUUUGAUAUUUAUUUUUGUAAUGACGGCGACAGCCUAUAAUUUAUGCAAGUUGUAUUGCAAUGGGAACUGAACAUUGUUUUGUAAAUAAAUCAUGAUUGGUUUUUAUUUCAAAAAGCCGAGGUUACACAAUGUUGUUAACAAGGAGAAUUUUACUAAUUUAUAUCUCUGAUUGUAAAUAAAAUUCGCUAGUCUGCACUGGCACAAUUUGAGUGGCCUAUUUAAAAAAAAAAAAAAAAAAAAAAAAUGAUAUAAAUAUUAAGUCUAUGAUAUAAAUAUUGUUCGUAUAUCUAAUAUAUCUCAACUGAACUAUAACAUCAACUGAUAUGAUAAAAAAAAAAAAAAAAACAAUCGUAAUAGACAUGUUUAUUCCUGCCAUACAGAAAUUUUGAUAGGUUCUAACUAACGUUCAAUAUGUAGGCCUACUGUAGCCUUAAUACCACAAUUUAAUAUCACAAUUUUCUCUCUCUCUCUCUCUCUCUCUCUCUCUCUCUCUCUCUAUAUAUUAUAUAUAUAAUUUAGCCCAGCCCUAUUAAUUGCUCCUUUUUAAACGCAAAACCGCUUAUUAAUUACAUCUAGUGUCUGUGAAUAUCAAGUCUGAAUGUUGAAUGUGGUCUUGAUAGCAGUGAAUAAUAGAGGCUGCUGAUAAUCCAGGCCUUCAUCUAUUUUUCAGCAUGAUGAAUACAGGGCUGGAAAGGAAGCGUUAUGAGCUCCCGGCGGGCUUUUAAGAUGACCAGUCGGGCUUCAUUAUAGACCGAUAUUGAACGAUCCAUAAAAUCGUGUCUAAACAUCUGCCAGCUCCGAUGGGGCCCGCGUGUGUGUGUGACGGGAAUGACGUCUCUCUUACGGGCCACUCCGUUAAAAUUUAAAGGCGUUCGUUAAACAGACUAUUAUCGCUCACGGUGUUAGCUUUAACAACCUUACAAUAAAGCAAAAAAGGCUAUAGUAAUAAUAAUAAUAAUAAUAAUAAUAAUAAUAAUAAUAAUAACAAAAACAACAACAAUAAGAAG